UUCGUCCGUUGGUGAAGUGGGGAUCCCAUUCCUCUUGCUGCUCCACCGUCGCGCCGGCGCGGCGCCUAUUUCUUCGCCUCAUGACGAGCGACCCGCGACAACCACGCGCGACAGGAGGAAGCACCAACUAACACACCAGCACAGAAACAAACAGGCAGAGCGAGCGAAGCAAGAUGGGUUCCUUCCUCUCGAGCUUCUUGCCGCCCGCUCCCGCCGACGACCCCGACUCCGCCGUCGUCGCCGCCCACUCCAAGGCCACCUGGGACGAGCAGUGGGAGGCCCACAAGAGCGCCGCCAAGCUGUUGGUGAUCGACUUCUCGGCGUCGUGGUGCGGGCCGUGCCGCUUCAUGGAACCGGCCUUCAAGGAGAUGGCCUCCCGCUUCACCGACGCCAUCUUCGUCAAGAUCGACGUCGACGAGCUCUCGGAGGUCGCAAGGACAUGGAAGGUAGAGGCGAUGCCAACAUUCGUGCUAGUCAAAGAUGGGAAGGAUGUGAGCCGUGUGGUUGGGGCUAAGAAAGACGAGCUCGAGAGGAAGAUCCGCAUGUUCAUCUCAUCUUCUUCCUCAUCCUAACUUAAUAAUACAUGCAAUCCCAUCUUAGUACCAUUUCCUCGUUUCUCUCAAAUGGUAGAGGGGCUCCUAUGCUGCUCCCAGGUUGGAAUGUCAUUCUGUUUCGAAAUGCUGCAAAACUGUUGUGAAAUGGGGAUAAAUGUGCCUGGGCUAAUAAAGCUUCUGGAACUUGAAA